CGCCUCUACAAAAUGGUUCUAACAAAAAACUACGAAGAGCUGCGUUCCGGUAGCCUCAUGAACACAUUGGUGCAUCUACAAAAAGUUUGCAAUCAUCCCUACCUGAUGCCCGCUGGUGCAGCGAUUGCCCCUCGCCUCUCACUGCCAGAAUCAGAUCGCUCUUCGGGCCAUCUUCCGCCCUUCAAGCCUGAUAUCCUCAUCAAUGUGAGCGGAAAACUGGAACUCAUGAUGCGACUUCUCGAAGGUCUCAAGGCGGGAGGCCAUAGGGUUCUCAUUUUCUCAAAAAUGACUAGUCUUCUCGACUUGUUGGAGGAGGCGCUCAUCUUUGCGAAGCCUAUCUCCUUGGGCUAG